AUGGUUAUACUGCACAGUCCCGUUUCCCCCGGCAUGUCUUGUCGGGCAUACUCGUCGUCCAACGACUGGGACAUAAACGACUCCUCAGUCCCGAGAAUCAACGAUUACGACCCUUUUUCCGAAUGGGCAGACGGUCAUUGCCGAUUGGUUUACCGAGCCGACAACGAAGAAGCGAAACGACACUCGUCAGGCUGGGCCAUGAGGAACACCAACAACCACAACGUGCACAUACUGAAAAAGAGCUGCUUGGGGGUGCUAGUGUGUUCCCUGAGGUGCACCCUCCCAAGCGGCGACACCGUGCAUUUGAGACCGGCGAUUUGCGAUAAAGCCAGAAAAAAGCAACAAGGUAAACCGUGUCCGAACAGGCAGUGCACGGGGAGGUUGGAGAUUCUGGCCUGCAGAGGGCACUGCGGUUAUCCCGUGACGCAUUUCUGGCGACACACGGAGCAUGCGAUAUUUUUUCAAGCCAAAGGAGUCCACGAUCAUCCCCGACCGGAGGCUAAAAGCACUUCGGAAGCCCGAAGGACUUUGGGAACCGGUAGAAGAGUCAGAGGACUAGCUGUGUUAUUAGCCAAAGAAACUUCGUUAGGAAAUAAGCUUAUGUCAUAUAGAGAACCAAAAAGGCAAUGCCGAGAUCUUUCAAAUCAAAGUCCAAGAUCAAUAAUUCCACCACCACUUAUUUCUGACCAGGACAAAGGAUUUUGCUCAUGUCCGCCCUUUGAAUGCAUCUGCAGCUACCAACCAUCAAUGCUGCCAACCAACAUGCAACAAUACCCCCACUCCCCCACAUCCUACCAACAACCCCAAAUGUUGGAUUCUUAUUGGACCCAGGAACCAGCUCACGCGCAGUCAUACCCCACCGAAAUCAGCAACAAUUUAAAUCAACAAUACGAUUUUGCUAGCAUCCAAGCUGACCUAUUUCAACCGGAAGAAAUAUUCCAGUUGGAUCAGCCUAUUAAGACCGAUUUUGUUGCUAAUUCGCAGAAUGAUUUAGCUAGAUCUCCGUCGACUUUGCUGGAUUUAGGCAGUGGUACUAUACAUAGAGAGUUUAAAACUGAAGAAUACUGGAAUCACAAUUUAAACAGUGUUUUGAAUGAUGACAGUAAUAAUAGUUCGAGUAGUAGGUUCAAUCUAAGUCAAUCGCCAGACCAUACUAUGGGUUUAAAUAACAAUGUUAACCCAGGUCUGGAUCAAAAUAUCUACAUGGAGUCAACAAAGCUAGAUUUAAUGUCAUACCAAAUGCACAAACAAAAUGGCUAUCAACACAUACAAGAAGACUACAAACCGUAUCAAACCUACGACAUGCUUGAAAGUAAGAUGCACUUUGAGGAACCAAGUUUGCAAAGCUUUGAGACAUACCAACCUACAAAAUCAAUGAAACCAAACUACCAAGAAAAAUACCCAGACAUAUCCCAGUACGCUGAAUACAAUAACUUCAUGAAUACCUAUAAUGAUAACAGUAAAAUUAGUCAAGAAAAUGUUAUGUUUAACGAUUUGGACUUUAGAAUUAAUAUACCCACUGUAAAUAAUGUACAUUGUAGUCACGACAGCUUCGAUGUUCACCCGUAG